AUUCGUCGUCGUUUUAGUCAAGAAAAUACUUAAUCAUAAUACAAUUCAACGUCUAAGCAGGCAGUCUUGAUUAUACAAACCCCCCAAAACGAGUAAACCUAAAGCUAAAUAAUACUCCAUUUCUCCAUAAAUUCCAAUAAAAAAAAUCAACCUUUCUCUACAAAUCUUGAUACCCAUUUCUCAAAUUCAACUCUACUUUCAUUUCCCCCAAAAAAAAUCUCAAAAAAUUGAAGUAAUUUGAGUACAAAAUGAAUGCUUCAUCAUCAAAUACUACUGGAAUCACUGGAUCUGAUGAUAAUAUUACAGUUAGAAGGAAUUCAAACAGACCCAAGUAUUCAAGAUUCACUCAACAAGAAUUACCAGCUUGUAAACCAAUUUUAACUCCAAAAUGGGUGAUUUCUGUUUUUUUACUUGUUGGUGUUGUUUUUAUUCCAAUUGGUGUAGUUUCACUUUUAGCAUCUAGAGAUGUUGUUGAAAUUGUUGAUCGUUAUGAUGCUGUAUGUGUACCACAAAAUGAUAAAGUUGGUUUUAUAACAAAUAAAACAAAUGAUAAAACAUGUGUUAGGACUUUAAGGGUACCUAAGAAAAUGGAACAACCUAUAUAUGUGUAUUAUCAACUUGAGAAUUUUUAUCAGAAUCAUCGUAGGUAUGUGAAAAGUCGAAGCGAUCAACAAUUGAAAAGUGCUGAUAAGUUUGAUGAUACUGGUUCUUGUGAUCCUGAAGAUAAGGUUAAUGGUAAACCAAUUGUGCCUUGUGGUUUAAUUGCUUGGAGUUUGUUUAAUGAUACUUAUAGUUUUACGAGCAGUAAUGGUAAUAAGUCAUUGGCUGUUAACAAAAAGGGUAUAGCUUGGAAGAGUGAUAGGGAUCACAAGUUUGGGAAGGACGUUUUCCCGUCGAAUUUUCAGAGUGGGUCGUUAAUUGGUGGUGGGAAUCUUACGAAUAAAUCGUUGAGCGAGCAAGAAGAUUUGAUCGUUUGGAUGAGAACUGCUGCACUUCCGACGUUUAGGAAGUUGUAUGGGAAGAUAGAGGUGGAUCUGCAGGAGGGUGAUAUGAUAAAUGUGACGUUGAUGAACAAUUAUAAUACGUAUAGUUUCGAUGGCAAGAAGAAGCUUGUGCUUUCUACAACUAGCUGGAUUGGUGGGAAGAAUGAUUUUCUUGGUAUUGCUUAUCUUACAGUUGGUGGAUUGUGUUUCUUUCUGGCUUUUGCUUUCAUGAUCGUGUAUCUAGUUAAGCCAAGGCAACUUGGAGAUCCAACUUAUUUGUCGUGGAACCGGAACCCAGGAGGUAACUAGCAUGCCCAUGUGGCUGGUGGCUUGAGCAUUCUACCAUCUAGGGUGGUGAGAGACAAAGCUUGUGUCUUUUGGUAACUGUUUGUGUACAAGUUCUGUUUUGAAAUGUUUUGCAUAUACUUUCAGACUCAUUUCAUUUGCUAGCAAACAAUGAUAUGUAAUGAAGUUUUUAUUCCGUUGUUAACUGCUUUAUUCAAAUUUACAUAUAUCUAACGGAAGUAAUUGCUUGA